CGAUAUCACAGAUAAUAAUGGCACUAAAUCCAAACCAAGACAAGCUCCUGUUUGAAACUUCAGAAGAAGUAGGAGUCGCUCCUACUUUUGAUUCACUCGGUCUAAAGGACGAUCUUCUACGAGGUAUCUAUGCCUAUAACUUUGAAAAACCAUCAGCAAUUCAACAAAGAGCAAUCUUGCCCAUCACCAAAGGACGUGAUGUGAUUGCACAAGCUCAAUCUGGUACAGGAAAAACAGCGACGUUUUCGAUUUCGAUUCUUCAAUCGAUUGAUACUCAAAUUAGAGAAACUCAAGCUUUAGUUUUGAGUCCUACUCGAGAAUUGGCCACUCAGAUUCAGAGUGUGAUUUUGGCUUUGGGUGAUUAUAUGAAUAUUCAAUGUCAUGCUUGUAUUGGUGGAACUUCGAUUGGAGAAGAUAUAAGAAAACUUGAUCAUGGUCAACACGUAGUAUCAGGUACACCAGGAAGAGUGUAUGAUAUGAUCAGACGAAGAAAUUUGAGAACAAGGAAUAUUAAGAUGUUAGUGUUGGAUGAAGCGGAUGAAUUAUUGAACUUAGGUUUCAAAGAUCAAAUCUAUGAUGUUUAUCGUUACUUACCACCUCAAACUCAAGUGGUAGUACUUUCGGCUACAUUACCUUAUGAUGUAUUGGAGAUGACGACCAAGUUUAUGACCGACCCGAUUAGAAUUUUGGUCAAACGUGAUGAAUUGACACUUGAAGGCAUUAAACAGUUCUUUGUGGCAGUUGAAAAGGAAGAAUGGAAGUUUGAUACACUUUGUGAUUUGUAUGAUACCCUUACUAUUACUCAGGCUGUUAUCUUUUGUAACACUCGUAGAAAAGUCGAUUGGUUAACUGAAAAAAUGAGAGAAGCAAACUUUACAGUCUCUUCAAUGCACGGUGAUAUGCCACAAAAAGAAAGAGAUACGAUUAUGGGAGAAUUUAGGAAUGGAACUUCUAGAGUUUUGAUUACUACUGAUGUUUGGGCCAGAGGUAUUGAUGUUCAACAAGUUUCAUUGGUGAUCAAUUAUGAUUUACCUUCUAAUCGUGAGAAUUAUAUUCAUCGAAUUGGUCGAUCUGGUCGAUUUGGUCGUAAAGGUGUGGCUAUCAACUUUGUGACUAAUGAAGAUGUUAGAAUCUUGAGAGAUAUUGAACAAUAUUAUAGUACUCAAAUUGAUGAGAUGCCGGUGAACAUUGGAGAAGUAGUAUAAAAGAAACAUCCUUUUUCUUUACGGUGUUUCAAAUGAUGUGGUGUCGUCUUCAAAAGAAAAGAAAAAAUCUGAGUUCGGUUUUGAUCAUUUAGCUUUUAUGAAAAAAGGGAUUAAAAAAUGAGGAUCAUUUAGCAGAAAAACAAUGUAUUGGUUUCUUUUUGUGGAGGUGUGGAAAUGGAGAUAUUUUCGUUUACUG